UAUUUCAGACAUGGUGGAGCAAGAGAUACGCUGCAAUUCAAUUUUGUUAGAUCACUGACGAAGAAUUUCAAAUUUUAUACAGGUCAUUAUGUGCCACAACUAGCUGACCUUGUCUAUGAGAGGAACAAAGACAAGAAGGCCAGCACAUACAUCAACUUUAAAGGGUUCAUUGUUGGAAAUCCACUAACUGAUGAUUACUAUGACUCGAAGGGAUUGGCCGAAUAUGCUUGGAGCCAUGCAGUUGUAUCAGAUGAAGUUUAUGAUCGCAUAAAAAAGGAUUGUGAUUUUAGAGCCUCAAAGUGGACCGAUGAUUGCAACAAAGCCAUGAACACCAUCUAUGGACAGUACCAGUUGAUCGACAUAUACAACAUUUAUGCGCCCAAGUGCAAUCUUGGACAAACAUCAGCAGCAUCUGUUGUUGAUAAAGCACUCGAAUAUAGUGACCAUGAACCUUCCAGGAGGAGGAUUAGGUUGUUCUCGGGAUACGAUGAGUGCUACUCAUCUUAUGCUCAAGAGUACUUCAAUAAGGCAGAUGUGCAAAGGGCACUUCAUGCAAAUGUCAAUGGGAUGUUGCCUGGGAAAUGGCAAGUUUGCAGUGACUCCAUUCUGAAGUCGUACAACUUUUCGGUACUUUCCAUUCUACCAAUAUACUCCAAGCUCAUCAAAGCAGGACUGAGAGUCUGGCUCUACAGUGGAGAUGCGGAUGGCAGGGUCCCAGUGAUCGGGUCACGAUAUUGUGUGGAAGCACUUGGCUUGCCUAUCAAGUCACAGUGGCAACCAUGGUACCUGAACAAACAGGUUGCUGGAAGAUUUGUGGAGUACCAUGGUAUGACCAUGGUGACAAUAAGAGGGGCUGGCCACUUGGUACCCCUCAACAAGCCCACAGAAGGGAUAGCGCUGAUCGACGCAUUCCUUCUUGGUAAACAGCUUCCUACACACCGAUGACGGUUAAAUUUGGGAUCAGGUGAAAUCUACCUAUGACCCAAAAUGAGUUCAAGGAGAGUUUAUGUAGGAAGCAUAACAUAAUGCAUAAUUUCUUCAAACACGGUAGUGUUCUGAAUUUUGGGGCUGAUCCUUUCCGUGGAUGAAUCUGUCUUAAAAAAAAUGUUGAUGUCCCUUUUAGAGAUGCUUGGUAAAUUUUUCAUUGAUCAGCUGGACAUGUAUUGAUUAAAUUGAGCUAGCGUUCAAGAAAUGACCGGUGGCACAUGCUAAU